AGGCGGCAACGGACAUGACUGAGCGGAUAAACGCGUUUCGAAGCAGCGAGCGAACAGAUCGUGAUAAAUAAUAAGAGACUAAAGAUGGCGACGGUGGAGGAUUCACGGGAUAAAUUCGGUACCAAAACUUCCCUUUGGAUUCCAGAGUCCAGCGGUCCAGUGGCGCAGUGAGAGCCGCGAACCCCCGAGACCCGGUUCUGCUUCCGCGGAUCCGUUACACGGCUUCUCUUCUCGCUUGCUGCAGCAAAUAAAGCGGAUUUUGGACUCAGAUCGUCAGAACCGACGCCGGAUCCCGCAGAUAUGAUCCCGGACUGAAUACAACCCGAGUCGGUGUCGAGCUGUGGGUUGGUUCGGUGCAUGGAGGCCGCUGAAGGGAGUCUGUCCGCCCCGGUGUCGCAGUGAUUCGGGUCGGAACCGGAUCGUGAUGUAUUUUCUGAGCGGCUGGCCGCGGAGGCUCCUCUGCCCGCUCCGGAGCAGCGAGCGGCCCUUCCUGAUCGAGCCCAGCGCGCAACGCUUCUACCUGGCGGUGCUGUCCGAGACCCAGAUCAGCAUCUGGUUCAGCAGGCCCAGCGUGUUGAUCGUCAGUUAUAUCGAGUCUGGGAAAGCGACCGCACAGUUCGGCUUCUAUCAGCAGGUGGAAUGGAAGCCCGACGACUCCAUGAUCGCAGUGACGGCGGCGAACGGUUACCUCCUCCUGUUCGACAUCAUCGCAGGCUCAGAUGAGAAGUACCUUUACGAGCCCGUCUACCCCAAGGGCAGUGCUCGUGUUAAGGUGACUCCGGGUUAUAAGGAGGAACAGUGCGCUCCAGCUCUGACCCUGGAGAUGAAGAAACCCAUCGACCUGGAGGCACCAAUCAGCUGUCUGCAGACGCUGCAGGAGGAUCUGUUAGUGGCGACGGCUGACGGUUAUCUGCACAUGCUGCACUGGGACAGUGUGAGGAACGGCCAGAGAGCGGUCAACCUGUGCACCAUCCCGUUCUCCCUCGACCUGCAGUCCUCCAGAGGAGGGCCGUGUUUGGAUCUGGGCGGUGUUCACAUUCGUGAUAUGGAGUACUGCACGACGCUGGACGGGUUUGCUGUGGUGUUUGAUGACGGACGACUGGGAUUCAUAACGCCAACCGCAAACAGACUCGCCACAGACCAGCUGCAGGGGGUUUGGGCCGCAGACGUCUCUGAUGGCACGUGUGUCGCCGUCAACAACAAAUACAGACUCAUGGCCUUCGGAUGUGCAAGCGGUUCAGUGUUGGUGUACAUGAUUGACAGCUCUACAGGAUCCAUGCAGCUCUCUCAUAAACUGGAGUUAACCCCGAAACACUACCCAGAUAUCUGGAAUAAGACGGGUCCUGUGAAGAUGCUGCGCUGGUCUCCGGACUGCAGUGUGGUGAUGGUGACGUGGGACUGUGGAGGUCUGUCUCUGUGGAGUGUGUUUGGAGCUCAUCUCUUCUGCACACUCGGGGAGGACUUCGCCUAUCGCUCAGACGGCACUAAGAAAGAGCCUCUGAAGAUCAGCUCUAUGAGCUGGGGUGUGGAGGGAUAUCAUCUGUGGGUGAUCAGCAGCACUGUUCCCGACGGAGCGGAAGGAGAUGACAAACUCCAGCAGGCCGGGAUUCUGCAGUUUCAGUUCAUUAAGAGCGCGCUGACGGUCAACCCGUGCACGAGUAAUCAGGAGCAGGUGUUGCUCCAAGGGGAGGAUCGUCUGUAUCUGACCUGUGGAGACCCGACCCAGGCUCACAGUGUGUCUGAGAAGAGCUCGUCUCGGGACAGUGGCAGUCCUGUGCCCCGGCCGUCAGCGUCCGCCCCUCUCUCUCAGGGUCUCAGCACUUUACUGGGCCACAAGCACUGGCAGGUGGUUCAGAUUCACAGCACAUAUCUAGAGACAAACUGGCCCAUCAGAUUCGCAGCUAUAGACUGGUCUGGUCAGUGUGUGGCUGUAGCUGGACGCCGUGGGAUUGCACAUUACUCAUUAUACACCAGGAAAUGGAAACUGUUCGGUAACGUCACACAGGAGCAGAAUAUGUCUGUGACGGGAGGUCUCGCGUGGUGGAACGACUUUGUUGUUGUUGCCUGUUAUAAUUUCAUUGACCGGCAGGAAGAGCUGAGGUUAUACGUGCGCUCGUCUAACCUGGAUAACGCGUUUGCCAGCGUCACUAAACUUCACGCCAGCACGCUUCUGCUGAACGUGUUUCGUGACGUGGUGAUCGUGUUCAGAGCCGACUGCUCCAUCUGUCUUUACAGCAUCCAGAGACGACACGACAGUUCGAGUCCGUCGGUCAGUGUGGAGCUGCUGCAGGAGGUGUCCAUGUCCCGCUAUAUUCCUCACCCCGGUCUGGUGGUGUCUGUGACCCUCACAUCAGUCCGGACAGAGACCGGCAUCACACUCAAAGCCCCGCAGCAGGCCUGUUCGGCGGAGAGUAUCCUGUUGAAUUUGGCCGGUCAGCUGAUCAUGCUGCAGAGAGACCGAUCCGGUCCACAGGUACGAGAGAAGGACACACCGGCCAAUCAGACGAAGCUGCUUCCCUUCUGUCCUCCGGUGGUUCUGGCUCAGUGCGUGGAGAACGUCUGGACCACGUGCCGCAGCAACCGCAAGAAACGCCACCUGAUGGAGGCUUUAUGGCUCUCAUGCGGCGAGGCGGGGAUGAAGGUGUGGCUUCCUCUGUUCCCCAGAGACCACCGCAAGCCGCACUCGUUCCUGUCGCGCCGGAUCAUGCUGCCCUUCCACAUCAACAUCUACCCGCUCACCGUGCUGUUCGAGGACGCGCUGAUCCUGGGCGCCUCCAACGAGACGGUGCUGUUCGACGGGACCGGCUCGUCCUCGCUCGAGGCGCUCUUCCCCUUCUGUACGGUGGAGCGGACGUCCCAGAUCUACCUCCAUCACAUCCUGAGACAGCUGCUGGUGCGUAACCUGGGCGAGCAGGCGCUGAUGCUGGCGCAGUCCUGUGCCGCGCUGCCGUACUUCCCUCACGUCCUGGAGCUGAUGGUGCACGUGGUGCUGGAGGAGGAGGCCACGUCCCGAGAGCCCAUCCCUGACCCGCUGCUGCCCACCGUCGCCAAGUUCGUGACAGAGUUCCCGCUCUUCCUGCAGACCAUCGUUCACUGCGCACGCAAGACCGAGUACGCGCUGUGGAACUACCUGUUCGCCGCCGUGGGGAACCCCAAAGACCUGUUCGAGGAGUGUCUGAUGGCACAGGAUCUGGACACGGCCGCGUCCUACCUGAUCAUCCUGCAGAACAUGGAGGUCCCUGCAGUCAGCCGUCAACAUGCCACUCUGCUCUUCAACACGGCUCUGGAACAGGGCAAAUGGGAUCUGUGUCGUCACAUGAUCCGCUUCCUCAAGGCCAUUGGUUCAGGAGAGAGCGAGACUCCGCCCAGCACACCCACCACACAGGAGCCCUCCACGGGCGGCUUCGAGUUCUUCCGGAACCGCAGCAUCAGUUUGUCUCAGUCGGCCGACAGCAUCUCCGGAGGGAAGUUCCACCUGCAGAAGACCCUGAGCAUGCCGUUCGGCCCGUCCUCCAAAGGCUGGUGUAAGGACACGGACUCAGCGGAGAAUCUCUACAUUGAUAUGAUGCUGUGGCGUCACGCGCGGCACCUGCUGGAGCAGGUCAGACUGCGGGAUCUGGGCUGUUUCUCCGCCCAGCUGGGCUUCGAGCUGAUUGGCUGGCUGUGUCGGGAGCGCAUGCGGGUGGCUCGGCUCGACGACUUCGUUACUGCCCUCAAAUGCCUGCAUAAAGACUUUCUGUGGCCAUUUCCUGUAAUCCCAGCAUGCUCCAUUAACUCGCCGCUAAAGAAUGGACGUUGUCGUCCAGUGUUGAGUUCUCGUUUGCUGAAGUCUCAGUCUGAGGACAGUUUGCUGAACAGUGAUAUGGACACCACGCCCCCCCAGGUCACCACAGCCAAUCACAGAUGGCUGGACGGCUUGGGGGCGGUGUCAAAGGAACUGGACUCCGCCUCCUCUCUCGGAGCACCACGGACGCAGGACGCAUUUCUCUCUCCUCUCAUCAAUAAAGGAGAGGAGUGCAGCAUCGGUUCAGCCACGGACCUCACUGAGACCAGCUCCAUGCUGGAUGGUGAUUGGACGAUGGUGGAUGAGAAUGUCUCCACCCUCAGUCUCAGCCAAUCAGAGCUGGAGCACAUCUCCAUGGAGCUGGCCAAUAAAGGUCCUCACAAGAGUCAGGUGCAGCUGCGGUAUCUGCUGCACGUCUUCAUGGAGGCCGGCUGUCUGGAGUGGUGCGUGGUCAUCGGGCUGAUCUUACGAGAUGCCGGCGUCAUUAAGCAGGUCGUGGGCUUUUUGGACAGUCCAGAAGUCCCAGCAGAAACGGUCCAGAGCAUCCGAGCCGGGCUGAUAGCGGUCGACCUCUGGGCCUCGUCUGAUUGUCCGGGCUACAAGCCGUUCCUGAGCCUGAUUGGUCCUCAGCUGCUGAAGCUGAUGGAGGUUCCUGUGGAGCAGGUCCAGCCCGAAGCCUUCCAGCCGGCCGGAGCGUCCAAACUGAGCGAUCCGCCUCUGCUGCUGCUGCCCCGAGCCGAGGACCGCGGGGCCGUGACGUCUGCUCACCCGCUGCCUCUGGACGGCCCCCCGGGACCCCCGCUGGACGACCAGGAGCACGAGGAGCAGGAGGACGAGCCGCUGGACGAGGGAACGUACGACUGCACCCUCUCCUGACGCCCCUGUGUGUGUGUGUGUGUGUGCGCGCGUGUGUGUGUGUGUGUUACUCCAGCUCGUCCAGACUGCAGUGUGGUGUGUGUUCCUGUGGUCAAAAGCAUCAUGUUCUGCUCUUUACACUCUCACACCGCAAAGCAGCACUUUCUCACUUGUUUGUGUUUUCCGGUACAAACAACUAAACCUUCUGAAAUCAAAACAUCUUGAUUUGAACUCUCGCUUUCUGAUCAACAAAAUAAUAAAGAUGGAGUGAGUUUAGGCUUAAAGCAGGAAAAUAAAUCAAUAAGUCUUUUUUGCUAAUUUUCUUUCUUAAAACAAGAGCAAAUAUCUGUCAGUAGGGUACAAAAAAGAUCAUAUGCUAGGACACACACAUAUUUAUAUAUAUUGGAUUUAAUCAAAAACUCACUUUAUUUUGAUCAUUAUUUUUCUAACAGGUCACACAAUCAAUCACAUGCAGUAUUUAUUUUUCUAAAUCUUUUUACAAGCAAGAUGAUAAUAAAUUUUUUUUUUGAUUAGUCUUAAAUAUGCCAUUUUUAAUCGCUCUGUUUUUCAUUAUAUCUAUAUUAGUUUUUUUGUUCUCCUGUUUUAAGCACAAACUCCAUUCAUUUGGAUAAUUUUGACUGAAUAUCAUAAGGGCAUCAAAAAAGGCUGUUAACAAAGCAAACAAACACAUUAUGUCAACAUUAUUUUACAGCCAAGUUAAAAAAAAAAAAAACUUUUUCUUAACUGCGGUUUUUUUUUUUUUUUUUACUUUUGUUCCUUCUAAAUAUUUUAUAAACAAAAAAAUUUUUUUUUUUUAAAGCCUAAACCUACUUAUUUUUUUUUUUUUAUCAGAAAACAAGACUUAAAAUCUCAUCCAAAUGAGCAAAAUACAGUCAUUUCGUUCCUGAUUUAAGAAUAUUGUGACAUUUGUACUGGAAAACAGAAGACCGAACGCCCAGAAAGUGUUUUUAUCGCGUGCAGAUGAGCAUCAGACGUGGCUCAGAUCAUGAUUUCAGGAAGCACACACUGACUCUACUGUUCAUGUCUGAUGAUGAUGAUGAUGAUGAUGAUGGCUUCAUGUUUUAAUGUUUAUUGUGGAUGAGGCAGACUUGUGUCAGCUCUUCUCCAGUCUGAUCUGAUCAUGUUUGAAACUGACAGCUUUUUUCUGUUUUUACCCUGCGAGUCUCGCGAGGAGGAGGAGGAUAUUGAGCUCUUCAAGCGUUUGACACGGUAUUAUCUUCCAGCCAUGAUGAUGUCAUGUUCUGAUUAUUAAUCUCUGAUCUCGUCUGACGGCUUCAUUGAGAAGGUUUUCUGUAUUUAUUUGAGCGGCAGGACAAAGAGACGGACGCGGGGUUGAGUUUCUCUCAUACUGUGUGUGUUUUAUCAAAUCCUCAGUAUUAAAGUGUUCAGUGUGUGUCAUGUUAGCGCUGCCUUCACAACAGACCAAUGCCUUUCUAUUCUUCGUCUAGUUCCUGUAGCUCUUAUGCGUUAUUGACAGUUGUCUCGGAGUAUUUAGCAGCUUUAAUGAGAUGCAUCUUUAUUUUAAUGUUUUAUUUUCCCCCGAAUGGCUCAAGCGAGCAGCUUAGACCGGUCUGAUCUGGUUUAAACUGGUUCAGCUGACAAGUGCCCAAAGCCUAUAAAACCAGCGCAGUCCGGCCCAGUUUAAGCGGUUUCUUCUCGUCUUGUCGCAGUAUUUCUGAUGAUCAUGUUGUUCACAAACCAAAGAGCUCCCGUGUGUGAGAUUGACAGACGUGUUCAUGGUACAGAUUACCCACAAUCCCCUCUGAUGUCACAGGACUGAUGUGACUCUUGAGCUUCUUCAGCUGGACGUUUAACGUUUCUUCUCAAUGCAGUGUAAAGAGAGUUUCCUGUACACAACUUUUCUACUGUUUUCUACAUUUCCUGUACAGAAAGAACAAUAAAUUAUUUUUUAAA